AACUGACUCAAAGCUAAAAACAAUGUCGGAUGCAACGGACAAGCUGCCGCUCUACUUAACGCCACAGUUCUUCAGACGUAGCCUGGAGCAUGGCCUGCAGCAGCAGGACCUAAAAGUGCUGGACGUAAAGCUGACGGACUUGACACGCGGCGGCGAGAACUAUUGCAGUAAUAUAUAUAGAGCGAAUGUCAAGUACCAGACAGCCGAACGCAAGCAGCUGGAAUGCUCGCUCAUCGUCAAAUGCAUGCCAGCCGAGAAGCAGGCUAUACUGGCACGCCUCCACAUCUACAACAAGGAGACUGUCUUCUAUCUGCAUAUCAAGCCCAAGCUGGAGGCGCUCAUGUGGCGCUCGAAUGCAAACGAGGAGACCUGGACUUUGGGCGCCAGGCACUACUACUCAACGACACAGCCGGAGCAGACGAUUAUCUUCGAGGAUCUGUGCUGCGAGGGCUAUCAAUUGAAAUGCCGUCAGUUGGGCCUGGACGUGGAGCACGCGAAGUUGGUGAUGCGUAAGCUGGCCGAAUAUCAUGCUCUGACUAUGAUCAUGGCCGAGCAUGAGCCUGAGACCGUCAUAGACCGCUAUCCAUUUGGAUUGCUGCACAUGGAUGCCAUUAAGUCGGAGCCCUUCAAGCUGCUCUUUGGCACUCAGCUGCUCAAACUGGCGGCAUUGAUCAGUGACUGCGAGGGAUUCGGUUCGAUCACACGUAAACUCUAUCGCUAUCAUGAACAUUUCACGGAGCGUGUGCUCAAAUCGGUUUAUCCACUGCGCGGCGUUUUCAAUGUGCUCAACCAUGGGGAUCUGUGGAUUAACAACAUAUUCUUCAAGUACGACGAGCACUGCAAGGUGCAGCAGGUGAGAUUGAUUGAUUUCCAGCUGUGCUUCUACGGCAGUCUGGGCUUCGAUGUGAAUUACUUUCUCAACACUAGCCUGGAGCUGGAUGUGCUGAGGACCAAGCGUCAGCAGCUAAUUGAUACGUAUUUCGAUGCGCUGCUGGAUUGCUUGAAGCAGCUGCCGUGGCACAAACCCUUGCCCAAGUAUGAGGAUAUUAUGGCCGAGAUACGUGAACGGGAGGCCUAUGGAUUUUUUGUCGCCUUCGGCUUCUUUCCGCUAAUGAGCAUGAUCGGCAUCGAUUCGGAGGACAACUCGUUGAAGAACUUUCACGACGAGGAGUUCGCCAGGCAGAAGGUUCAACUCAUGUUCGAAGGCAAUUCACGCACUCUCGAGAGCCUCAAGUUCAUGUUGAAGCGCUUGGAUGAUUUGCAUGUCUUCGAUUGAAGGCAAUGAGCAGCGGAUGCAUUUGGUUCUCACUCAAAGCGGUUAAAAUACAAUAAAAAUUGCAUUAUUCUUCCCUUAA